AAUGACAUCACUAAACGCAUGCCGACCUCGGUAAAUAAUCGGGAGUACAGAUGGCCGGGUGGACUGGUGCCCUAUAAGAUUGAUUCUACUUUCCUGAGGGAUCAUAAAUCUAAUACUCAACAGCUCGAGGCUGCUAAAGCUGAGUAUGCCUCAAAAACAUGCAUUAAACUUGAAGAACUACCGCCGGGAAGACAGAGUUAUCAUGUCAAUCUUAUCAGCGAUAGUGGGUGCUAUUCAUACAUUGGACGACUAUCCGGCAUAAGUGGCUUUAGCCAAAGUCAAGAUAUCUCCAUUGGUAUAGGUUGCAACUUCAAAUCAACAAUUGUUCACGAAUUUCUCCAUGCAUUAGGAUUUUGGCAUGAACAGAGCAGACCAGAUCGGGAUGACUAUGUUACAAUUUUGUGGCAAAACAUCAGGCGAGGUGUAGAGAAUAACUUUCAGAAACAUGGUUCAGAAAAAACUACAAACCUUGGUGUGGAAUAUGAUUAUGAAAGCGUGAUGCACUAUGGGAGGACAGCAUUCAGCGUAAACGGACAACCCACUAUUGUAAGGAAAGAUGACCCUGAAGGUGCACUUGGCCAACGGACUUACGGCGGAUUGUCUGCUAAAGAUGCCGAAGAAAUUAACAUUUUUUAUAACUGUAAAACUCCAGGAACAACAGCGCCACCUCCGGCAACACCCUCAACCACACCUCCGACAACACCCUCAACCUCACCUCCGACAACACCCUCAACCUCACCUCCGACAACACCCUCAAUCUCACCUCCACCAACUAUCGAGAUUGAAUCAGGGGUUCGUGUGUUCAUCAAAAGUGUAGGUUGCUAUGAUCCAGGGGUGACAAAUUGCGACACAACGGAAGCAGUAAUCAAAGUUAACGAUGCUGUAAUGUCAUGUCCAAAUCCUAAAGGCGCCUGUUUAACAAUUCUUGACGGAGUUACAGGGGAAAUAGAAGAAACAAUAAACGAGAUGUCAACAGACUUGGUAGACUAUCUACCUAUAUUAUCGAGCAAACCUAAGAAAUUGAUCCUCGGAACAGUAAAGGGAACGUGGUCCACGCCAAGAGAUCGUCGCUCUUUACGCAUUCUUCGCCGUUAUUUGUACAGGCUUCGUGUUUUAGGACGACGAGUUUACUUCCGCAACGCAUCAUUUGCUUUUAUUGGAUGGUCUGGCCCGGGAAGAGUCAGCGUCACUAGAGGAGUUUAUACAAAUGCCAGAAGAGGACCAAGUGUCAUUUCGAGGAAAAUUUAUUUCCCAUUGGCAUGAAGGAUUCUGAAUGAAUACUCCUAUAUAUCGUAAUUACUGCACAAGAAGCACAUACGCACACAUAAACUGAAUUGGCAAGUGUGAUCGUAGAUAAAUUACCAGCACAUUGUGAUGUAAUCACCACAACAAGAGUAGUGUUCAGAACUAACAUGCAUGUAUCAUAUAUUUUAUGCCUGCAACUAUAUGCACCUGCAUGCCUCAGCUGUAAACCAUAGCGAAACUGAUACCCUGGUUCACAAGUUGAAUGGAUCGUACCCUAUAACGGGUUGUAGAUCAGUAAUCAGAGUUACAUCAUAAGUUCAGUUAUUCCGUAAUUAAAUUAGUAUUAUCUGUACUUUCUGAGUCUGUUGUUUAACAAAUAUUGGGAAGAGCCUUGUGUACAGUAGAUUAAGGAGGGCACAGAGUUAUUUUUAUUUUCCUAUCUCAAGAAAUGGUGGUUAUAUUAUAGUUGGUGGUUAGCCUAUGAUUCUGUCCUGCCGUUGUCUGUAAAGUGCGCUAUAUCUACAAUCCGGCCUCGUACCCACGUACUGGAAAUUAACAUCGCAUUCAGGCGCUAUAUACAGAUCAACUAGAAAAAGCAAACGCGCGGGGGUGCUUGGGGUGGUUUUGACUUCAAUAAGUAGCUGAAUGCAGAUUCCAAUGAGGCACUUGGGUAAAUAAUAUACGUGGACUAGAAUAA